UUUCUGUAGGUUUAUUUUGUGAUGAUUCUGGCCUGAGUUCCAGGAUGGUUUGUUCUUGGGACCAGACCUGACCAGAAACUGGCCUCAUGAGCAUAUCAAUCUCUCCUGCUGCCAUGCUGCUCCGGAGGCUGCGGCGACUCUCCUGGAGCAGCACUGCUGUCCAGCUCUUCAUCCUAACGGUGGUGACAUUUGGCCUGCUGGCCCCGCUGGCCUGUCACCGGCUUCUGCACUCCUACUUCUAUCUGCGCCACUGGCAUCUGAACCAAAUGAGCCAGGAGUUCCUGCAGCAGAGCUUGAAAGAGGGGGAAGCUGCCCUCCACUACUUUGAGGAGCUGCCCUCUGCCAAUGGCUCGGUGCCCAUUGUCUGGCAAGCCACUCCCCGCCCCUGGCUGGUGAUCACCAUCAUCACGGUGGACAGGCAACCUGGUUUCCACUAUGUCUUGCAGGUGGUAUCGCAGUUCCACCGGCUGCUUCAGCAGUGCGGCCCACGGUGUGAAGGGCACCAGCUAUUCCUGUGCAACGUGGAGCGUAGUGUGAAUCAUUUAGAUGCCAAGCUGCUCUCUAAGUACGUCCCUGUGGCCAACCGCUAUGAGGGCACUGAGGAUGAUUAUGGCGACGACCCUUCAACCAACUCCUUUGAGAAAGAGAAGCAGGACUAUGUCUAUUGCCUGGAGUCCUCCCUACAGACCUAUAAUCCAGACUACGUCCUGAUGGUGGAAGAUGAUGCCAUUCCUGAAGAGCAGAUCUUCCCAGUCUUGGAGCACCUUCUGCGGGCUCGCUUCUCUGAGCCCCACCUCAGAGAUGCCCUUUAUCUAAAGCUCUAUCACCCAGAGAGGCUUCAGCACUACGUCAACCCAGAACCCAUGAGGAUCCUGGAGUGGAUCGGGGUGGGCAUGUUGCUGGGACCUGUACUAACCUGGAUUUACAUGAGAUUUGCCAGCCGUCCAGGCUUCAGCUGGCCUGUCUUGCUCUUCUUCUCCUUGUAUAGCAUGGGGCUGGUGGAACUGGUGGGCCGGCACUAUUUCCUGGAACUACGGCGGCUGAGUCCUUCCUUGUACAGUGUGGUUCCUGCCUCUGAGUGUUGUACCCCAGCUAUGCUCUUCCCUGCCCCUGCAGCCCGCCGGACUCUCACCUACCUUUCACAGGUGUACUGCCACAAAGGCUUUGGCAAGGACAUGGCCCUGUACUCGCUGUUGCGGUCCAAGGGAGAGAGAGCCUAUGUGGUGGAGCCCAAUCUGGUGAAACACAUAGGGCUUUUCUCCAGCCUCCGGUACAAUUUCCAUCCCAGUCUACUGUAGGGAGCCAAGGAAUGUCUCUCUGGAAUCGGCCACUUCUUAAGAGAUUCCAGUAUUGUGCUCUUUGUUUAGACAUGGUUGCUUGCAGAUAUUUCAUUAUUUCAUGUUGCUAGGAUGAAAGGCACCGGGACAGCUGAGGAACGCACCUAAGUCACGAAGCUUGGCUUUGUUGGCAAGGGCAGCAGUUUGCCACAGGCCUGGACCUCUCUCCUUCCACACAGCCACACUGCCUCGUGCAGUCUGACUCGCCCAGCAAGCGUGCAUUUACAUACAAGUUACGUUCUCUAAUGGUUUUGAGCUCUGCUUUGUGAUGGAGCUUGUGACUGCCAAAAAUCUUGUGUGCAGUGUUACAACUGAUUUUGAAUUUCAAGAGUAGAAUUUGGUGAGAUGUAAGAUUCUUUUGAAUUGGUGUUUUUCCUCAUUGGGUAUGAGAAUGAAUGUAUGUUUAGAAUAUGUGCCCAAAGAGGCAAGGCCAUUGCACUUGUUUCCUUAACCUGGUGUAAUAAAAGCUGAUGAAAACCCUGCGGUGUCCAGCAUCUUG